AUGAAAAGGGGACUUACCUUGGCCGAGAAAAGAUGGGCCGAUGGCCGAUGGAUUUCGUCGCGGCCGUGCGGUUUGGUCGGCCAAGUCCGCGAAUGGACGAGAAAUUUGGCCGAGGCUGAUCGUUUGCUUCCCGGAUCGACCGUGACGGUCGGUCCGUCCCGAUACGUGAUUCCGGCCGAGCGCGGCCCGUUCCUUCUCUGUCUGUGCGUGCCGCGCGGAAGGUUUUGUCGCGCGAUAGAACGUCCGGCCCAGCAUAAGCCGUUCCUUUCUGGCUCGACCGCGCUUAGUCGAGUUAGGUACUGCUGCAGUCCCCGGCAACGGCGCCAAAAACUUGAUGCGGAGUCAGGUUUUACCAAACUCCUAGACCUCUGCAAGUGCACAGAUCGCGGAAGUAUGGGUAUCGAACACAAGGACUGGCUAUUGAGUACACUUUGA